UUCAGAUAAAACACUACGUGACAAAUCCUACAAAAAAGCUCUAGACUUAAUAAAUGAGGCACAUCAAAAGGAUUUCCUUACAAUAAUUCUUGGAGAUUUUAACGCUGAUCAAUCACGACCUUCCAAUCCUUUGAACUCAAAAGCCUUCUUCACAUCGCUCGAUAAUCUCCACAUGGUUAACAAUUUAGAUCUCGUAAAGAAUCAGAAGUCGUACGAUGAUCUCAUUACAUAUGAAACAAGCACCGGACAUUUUACGAUAGACCACAUUUUUAUACACUCUUCAUUAAUUCCUGACCUUAUAGACCAGACAGUAGAAAAGGUCGACAAAGAUUUAUCAGAUCACACCAUCGUAGUAGCAACUCUCUCCUCAACAAUUAUUAAACUGUCUUUUACUCAAA